AUGGUAGACUUUGCUAGGGUUCAAAAGGAGCUUCAGGAAUGCAGCCGAGACGUCGAGCGCUCAGGUAUCAAAGUCAGCCCCAAAGGCGACGGUAGUCUUGCCCGUUUAAUUGGAACCAUUCCUGGCCCAACUGGUACCCCUUACGAGGGUGGCACUUUUCAGAUCGAUAUCGCAUUGUCAGAUGCAUACCCUUUUGAGCCUCCCAAAAUGAAGUUUACGACCAAAGUUUGGCACCCUAAUAUCAGCAGUCAAAGUGGAGCAAUUUGUCUGGAUAUUUUGAAGGACCAAUGGAGCCCAGCUCUCACAUUGAAAACAGCACUUCUUUCUGUACAAGCAUUACUUUCUGCUCCUCAACCAGAUGAUCCUCAAGAUGCUGUGGUGGCACAACAGUAUCUUAAAGAUUACCAGACCUUUGUUGGCACAGCUCGAUACUGGACUGAAACUUUUGCCAAGAAAUCGUCUCUUGGGAUUGAGGAAAAGGUACAAAAACUUGUAGAGAUGGGGUUCCCUGAAGGUCAGGCAAGGACCACUUUGGAAGCUGUUGGUGGGGAUGAGAACUUGGCCCUUGAAAAGCUUUGCUCUGACGUUGUUAUUGUCCUUAUUGACCAGUAG